AUGUUUCUGUUUCCUGUUUCCAACCAAUUCAACGCAGUGCAUGAUCUUCCUCAGCUCUAUCAGAAACCCUCAGCAUCGGCUCUGCUGGAUACACUGAAGCUCUUGUCCCACGAGGCACUGUCAUUCUCGACCUCAAGCAAAACGAGACCGCAAAAGGUAGAUGAACAAGGCGUGCCGAGAUAUCUCACCACGAUUGUCUCAUCAAGCCUCAACUGGAUCGAGGAUGACGAUGCCAAAGAAUCGAUAUGGGACGCCGCCAGCGCCCGGCUCAGUGAGCGGUCAGGCAGAACUGCUAUGCCUGCAAUGACCAGGACAUUCGUCGUCAACGAGGAACUGGCUAUAAGUCUCCAUGAGCCCUCUCUCACCGAAGAUAACCUAGGCUUGAAGACAUGGACCUCCUCACUCCUUCUGGCACAACGACUCGCAGAAUGUCGUAAGCACAUCCCAAGUGACUGCUCGCGAGUUUUGGAGCUAGGAUCUGGCACUGGCCUAGUCGGCAUAGCAGCUGCUUGCAUUUGGAAUGCUCAAGUUCUACUGACCGAUUUGCCGGAGAUCGUACCAAAUCUGCUACAAAACCUUGCACUGAACCGCGACGUGAUCGAAAAGCAUCGCGGCCAAGUAAGCGCAAGGACGCUCGACUGGGCUGACCCGACGGACCUGCCUCGAAAUGCAGAAGGAAGGUACAUGGUUAUUCUCGCAGCAGACCCUAUCUAUUCACCAGAACAUCCAAAAAUGCUUGUGAGCACAGUCAGUCGAUGGAUCUGUCCAGACCCCAAUGCCAGAUUCAUUGUCGAAUUGCCCUUGCGAGAUCGUUACGAAUAUGAAAGAGAGGAUCUACGGCAGACGUUGCGCAGCUUUCAUUUUGAUCUCGUUGUUGAAGGCACCGACACUGGCCAUGAUGAUUGGCAUGAUCGUGAUGGCAACCAGGCUGUAGUAAAAUGCUGGUGGAGUGUGUGGAAGCCGUCGGAUAGUAUCUGA